AAGUCUUCAGGAAGAUGAAGAAGUGAUGAUGAGAGCCGCAGCACUAAUGGAUAAAAUGAGAAGAGUGAAAUUUGUGCUAAUAUUAGAUGAUGUAUGGGAAAAGUUUUCUGUCAAGGAUGUUGGAAUCCCAAAAACCAACUGUGCAGAAUGGGUGCAAAGUAAUUAUCACUAGUAGAUCGACAGAAGUAUACAGUUAUUUAGAUUGUAAGAUUGUUAAAGUGCAACCUCUUUCACAAGAGGAAUCUCUAACUCUGUUCCUCAAUAAGGUUGGACGUGAUGUUUUACAAAUUUCCGGGUUGGAAGAAAUCUUGAAGCUAAUUGUGAAUGAGUGUGCUGGUUUACCACUUGCUAUUGUUGUGAUAGCAGGAAGCAUGAAAGGAGUGGAUGAUAUUAAGGUGUGGAGAAAUGCCCUGACAGAGUUACAAAAAGGUGUUAAGAGUGUGAAAGGUUCGGAAGAUGAGAUAUUUGCGCGAAAGAAAUUGAUAGAAGAUUGGAUUGAUGAAGAACUGAUUGAUGAGAUGGGAAGUAGACAAGAAGCUUAUGAUAGCGGUCAUGCUAUUUUAAAUAGUCUUCAACAUAAUUUCUUGUUAGAGGAAUGUGUUAGAAGUGAUAGAGUUAAGAUGCAUGAUGUUGUGAGAGACAUGGCUAUCAAAAACAUCGGUCCUGAACUUGGAUAUAUGGUAAAAACUGGUAUGAAAUUGAAAAAGGUACCAAAUGAGAAUGAGUGGGUAAGAGAUCUUAAGAAGGUAUCUCUAAUGGCAAAUGAAAUUUCAAAAAUUCCUAUUGGUUUGUCACCAAAGUGUCCAUUGCUGUCAACUUUGAUAUUGUCAGAAAAUCCUAAUUUAUCGGAGAUUCCAAGUUCCUUUUUUGAAGGUAUGGUCGGACUUAAGGAGGUGCAAGAGGUUAAAGCGCUUGCCUUCCUUAACAAAGCUCAGGGCAUUGAAGAAGUUGAUCUGCAUAUGGCAGGGAUAGAGGUGGUCCCUGAAGGCAUGGAGAUGUUGGUAAGUCUUGAAUAUCUUGAUUUAAAUUGUCACAAUCUGAAAGAGAUUCCAACAGGAAUAUUACCUAGCCUUUCCAGUCUCAAGUACCUGGUUGUAUAUCCAAGCCGCACAAUUACUAGAAGGAUAAAUAUAGAAGAGGUUGCUGGAUUGAGCAAUUUGGAGAGUUUGGAAUGUGCAGUGGAGGGCAUACAAGACUUCGACUAUCUUGUCAAUAAGUCCAAAGAUUUGGAAAGUCUUACAGCUUAUGAUCUUCGACUGAUAACAGGUGAAGGAGGAAUGGCAAUGUAUGAAUUCUUUACUGGCUAUGAACGUACGGUUGUAAUUAAUGGGCGUGAGAUUGGAGAAGAAGGUGUAGUGCUUCCAGAUACUCUUGAGGAUUUGUGGAUCUAUCAUUGUAAAAACAUGAAAAACAUGAGAUGCAGCUUAAACAAAAUAGUUUUGUUAGAAAAUGCAACCGAGUUGAGAAGGUGUGCUAUUUGUUCUUUAGAAGGGAUGGAGUGCGUGUUUGAGUUGGACUCAUCUUCCUCCUCAUUGUGUUGUCCAGUACCGGAUAAGCUUGAAAUGUUGGAUCUUAGCAGCUUGCUUAACUUGAGUGCACUUGUAAGAGUGGAAGGAGUAGCAACACCACCGCACAUCUUUUCCAAUCUUAAAAUUCUUCGAAUAAGUAGUUGUCCAAGAAUGAGGAAGUUGUUUCCACUUGAGCUCUGGCAUGCCUUCCAAAACUUACAGAAGAUGAAUGUUGACAACUGCGAACAAAUGGAGGAGAUAAUAGCAUCAUCAGAUUUAGAUGAUACAUCAUCCAAUAAAUUCACUUUUCCCAAGUUAAGGGAAUUGCAUUUGUCAUCUUUAGACCAAUUGAAGAGCAUCUGCAGUGGUAAAGGAGUUAUGGUUUGUGAUUCUAUUGAAGUUAUUCAACUAUUUAAAUGUCCGAAGUUAAAGAGGAUCCCUUUACAACUUCCUCUGCUUGGUAAUGGUCAACCAUCUCCUCCUCCUCGUCUCAGAAGAAUGAUGAAAAGUCAAAAGAAUGGUGGGAAUCAGUGGUUGAGUUGGAUCAUCCUAACGCUAAAAACAUAUUGCAACCUUUCUUGAAAUUUAUUACACAUCGUGAAUGGAGCUACCCAUAAAAAAGUCACGUGCGA